AUGGCGAAGGCGCGGCGCGACAAUCCUAGGAGGCGGAGGCACGACAAUCCUGAAAAAAAUACACGGAGUCGGCGUCAGAAGAAACUGAAAGCAUAUGACCUCUCAGCACUGUCCGAGUCCCUCUCAGAACCAGGUGCACCAAAGCAGAAACCUGAAGCAAAGCUGAACUGCAAGUCAAGACAGACAUUAGUGUUACGGGAGGCUGCUCAUCUCAAGGCUGUGCUGGGAAAGAUGCAGUUCCAGCUUGACCCAUUUGCUGCGAUCCAUCAGCACCUGCUAGCAACACAGCCACCUGCAGCUGCAAAGGGCGAUGCCGUGAAGGAGGGGAAGGACUCCAAGAACAAGAAAAGGAGGAGGAAGAAGGGUGCAUCAUCGAGCUCUCAAGCAAUGGAUAUUUGAUUGCAUUCGUUCAGUAGUAACUUGGUCCGGAGCUAUGGAGUUAGAACAUGGCUGGAGCGAAGGGUUUACCCUUGCUUACAAAUCAUGACCAUCUUUGAGUUGUUGUCAUAGAUCAUGCUGG